GGGAAGCGAGUUUCCGGUGUGUGCAGCAGCCUCUCCCUUCCCCCAGGGGAAGCGGGUUUCCAGUGUGUGCAGCAGCUUGUGUGUUCCCCCGGCGGGUUUCCGGUGUGUGCAGCAGCCUCUCCCUUCCCCCUUGGGCGGCGGGUUUCCGGUGUGUGCAGCAGCCUCUCCCUUCCCCCUUUGGCGGCGGGUUUCCGGUGUGUGCAGCAGCCUCUCCCUUCCCCCAGGGGAAGCGGGUUUCCGGUGUGUGCAGCAGCCUCUCCCUUCCCCCAGGGGAAGCGGGUUUCCGGUGUGUGCAGCAGCUUGUGUGUUCCCCCGGCGGGUUUCCGGUGUGUGCAGCCCCCUCUCCCUUCCCCCCGGCUGGUCCUCUGGCCUGUCACUCUCUCUCACUCUGUGUCUCUCUCGGUUCCAGGCGAUGUUUUCAUCCUGGUUUUCAGCCUCGAUAACCGCGGCUCCUUUGACGAGGUGGAGAGGCUGCGGAGGCAGAUUAUUGAGUGUAAGACCUGCCUCCGGGACAAGGCGGCGGCGGCGGCGGGGCCGGGUCCGGGCCCGGGCCCGGGGGUCGGGCCGCCCAUGGCCGUGUGCGGUAACAAGGUGGACCGGGCCGAGCUGCACCGGGAGGUCUGGGCCGAGGAGGCCGAGCGCCUGGUCGCCGGGGACGCGAACAGCGUCUACUUCGAGCUCUCGGCCAAGAAGAACUCGAACGUGGAGGAGAUGUUCCGGGCGCUGUUCGCCUUGGCCAAGCUGCCCGAUGAGAUGAGCCCGGCCCUGCACCGCCGCCUCUCCGUGCAAUACCCCGAGGCUCUCCACCGAAAGUCGUUCCGCCUGCGGCGCGGGGCCAAGGAGCUCGGCGCCUUCGGGAUGGUGUCGCCCCUGGCCCGCAGGCCCAGCCUCAACAGCGACCUGCGGUACCUCAAGGAGAAGGUGCUGGGCCGAGGGCAGGGUCGCCAGCGAGAGAAAUGCCUCAUCCAGUGAGUCCCGGCUCCGGC